AUGGCUCCUUGGGAAAACUUUUUAAAGAAAAUAUAUUUGGAUCCAGCACAUCCGGCAAGUUUUGCAGGCCCUCAGAAACUGUACAAAGUGGUGAAGGAUGAAGGCAAAUAUAACAUAGGUCAGGAGUUUAGAGCCAAGACGGUGCAAGAACUAAUGAAGAAACAUGACGUAAUAUAUUCACCCACACAAAAUGAGACAAAAGGCCAUUCAAACAAUAAAAACAAGGACAAUUACACGUAUUUACCAAUUCUUGAUGACAUCGUGGAAAGUUAUAAUCAAACGUUUCACAGAACAAUUGGAAUGAGGCCCAUUGAUGUGAAGGAGACCAACCAGGAGGAAGUUAGAUUAUCCACGUACUUUACACAAAACAAAAACAAAGGAAAAGGGAACAUUAAAUUGAGACCCUUCAAAUUUAAGAUUGGUGAUUAUGUACGGAUCAGUCAUCUGCGCACUGUGUUUACGCAAGCGAAUGAUGAAACCAACACUGGAGAAGUGUUUCGGGUUUACAAACGUUAUCACAGAGGUACAUUGCCUAUUUAUCGUCUUCAGAUCAUGCAACAAGAAGAAAUCAAAGGCACAUUCUAUGAAAGCGAGUUACAGAAAGUGGACAUUGAUCCUAAUCAAACAUGGAAAUAG